UAAUAGCUUGAAUCCUCUGCUAUAUUGCUUGAGAGCUGGUUCUCUUCCAUUGCGGGUGCCGUGAGAAACAGAGCAUAUAUACAGAGAUCAGGCUCCUUUCUGUUGCUUUUGGCACUCUCAUUCAUCCUCCAUGGCUUCCAAGAUCUUGCUUAUUUCUGUCUUCGUGAUCGACUUGAUCGCUUUUGCGUUGGCUGUAGCAGCCGAGCAAAGAAGGAGCACUGCGACAGUUGUUCAGGACAAGGAAAUGAAUUAUAACUACUGUGUGUAUGACUCAGACAUAUCAACUGGAUAUGGCGUUGGGGCACUUCUGUUCCUUAUGGUCAGUCAAGCCCUCAUAAUGGUCGCCAGCAAAUGUUUCUGCUGUGGGAAGCCUCUCAGCCCCGGAGGUUCAAGGGCUCUCGCUCUUGUUCUUUUCAUAGUCUGCUGGGUGUUUUUCUUCAUAGCAGAAGUAUGCUUGUUGGCAGGAUCAGUGAGAAACGCGUAUCACACAAAGUACAGAACCAUAUUCGGUGACAAUCCACCAUCUUGCCAGACAGUGAGGAAGGGAGUGUUCGCCGCCGGAGCAGCUUUCGUCUUCUUCACAGGAAUCGUCUCAGAGUUCUUCUACAUCAACUACUCAAGAGCCAGAGACAGCUUCCAACCUUAUGGCGGUGCUCCUGACACUGGUGUCGGUUUGGGAACCUUCAAGUGACUUCACACCCUCCUUAGAUUAUUACUUUGACAGCAAUGUGAUUAAGUAAUUGUUCCAUUUCAUGGAUUCAUCAAUCCCAUAAUCUCUGUUUUAAGGUUUCCGUAUAGUGUGAUCCUAAAAUAUAUGUAUACUCAAUUACUUUGUCUACCAUUUUAUGAUUCUUUUGUUCGUUUGCUUCACAGAGGGCUGCUUCAUUUUUGGUGCCUUCGCUAGAAAUUUUAUUCCUUCCGUUUUA